AUGUACUCGCCUACCAUUGUUUCGAGCCUGCUGUUAGGAGCAUUGCCCUUCCUGACUUCAGCACAAGAUAACAUCAACGUCUCUGGUCCACCACAAUCUAACCCACCAACAGGCGACUGCACUGGUGUCAAAGGCAUUAGCCCAAAAUGUAGCAGCCAAGAGUCUGCGUAUCAACGAGACUUCUUCUACAUCGGUGGUGGCUAUGUCGAUUCCGGCAUCCCAGGCCAGCAGAUGUGGAGCGACCAACUCUAUGUCGAGAAGCUGACGCCCGCCAAGAAAGUCAACAAGCCUUACCCCAUGGUUUUCGUCUCCGCGGGUAUCAACACAGGCGCAGAAUGGCUGAAUACGCCAGACAAUCGCAAAGGGUGGGCUUCCUACUACCUUGACCAAGGCUACCAGGUCUACAUUGUCGAUAUUGCUGCCAACGGCCGAAGUGGCCAGCAGCUUCUUGCCAAGUACCCUCUGCGCAUUGGAUCCACCGACAUUAUCAAUGAGCAGGGCUUCACAGCUCCGGAAGACUUCGACCAGUACCCACAGGCAAACGCACAUACACAAUGGCCUGGCAACGGAUCUCGUGGAGAUCUCGUUUUUGACGCCUUCACUGCCGCCAACGUUCCCAUCUCUUCAUCUAACGUGAACGUGGAGAGCACUAUGCGCACAUCUGGAUGCCAGCUUCUCAGUAUGAUUGGCCAGUCAUACACAGUCUGCCAUUCUGCCGGUUGCACUUACACAGCCAUCUGGUCAGACGCAUGCCCUGAUCUGCUGCGUGCCAACAUCAACAUUGAGCCUGGCAACCUCCCAUUCACUUCUCUGAUCGGAAACACCACCGUUGCUGGAGUCGGUCGUACCGCUGCUCGGCCUUGUGGUCUCACAUACACACCGCUGCAAUUCGAUCCGCCUGUAACGAACUGCUCGGCCAUUACCACCGCUGAGGUUGGAACGGACGACCCGGCCAAGCGCUCCUGCAUUCUCCAGAGUGGCACCAUCCACAAGCUCACCCAGCUCAGCAAAGUGCCUUACAUCAUGAUCACGGGCGAGGCCAGCCCGCAUAUCACGUACGACCACUGCUUCGUCGAGUACUUCAAGCAGAUGAACCUCACCAACUACCAGUGGAUCAAGCUUGCCAACAUUGGUAUCAAGGGCAAUGCCCACUUCAUGUUCCUGGAGAAGAACAACCAGGUCAUCGCCGCGGCGAUCAACUACGGUCUUGGGAAAAUGAACGGAAGCCCAGCUGCUCCAGGUCAUCCAAGUCUUCCUGUCCUUUGA